GCCACAAGUACACACGACUACAGUGCAUCCGAGAAAUGGAAAAGCAUGCACAAGGGAGAUUAUUCAAAUAUGGUAUUUCAACUUUUUGUGACGCGAUGAAGUGUAGGGCGGUGGCUUGACAAGACGGAUGCUACGGAGACGCCUAAUUUACCGACGAGUAACAGUAGCGGUAUUCUGUGUCCCAUGCGGCUGGGUUUCCAACUUUCCUGUUGGAAGAAGAAAAUGAAGAGCGGCUUAAAACGCCUGCUGUUCUCUAAGCGUCACACGUCUAAGCUCUCAUUUUGAACAAUCAUUUAUCUGAUCGUUAACUUUUAGUCCGUUUUUUAUUCGUAGUAAACCCGCCCAUGAAAAGAGUCAGCAGCAAUUUAAACAUCGUCACGGCGACAGAAACCUACAAUUGUCCGCUUUUCCUACUCUGUGCAAGAGAGAAGGGGGAAGAGAGGUUGGGCGCAUGCGCUGAUAUCACGUUGCCGCACCCAGCACACGCCGAAUCACCUGGAUUGGGACGUGAGUGAAGCGGGAGACAUCAUAGCACCAAACUGAAUUAGUGGGGGUUUUGUUUUUAUUUCACUUUGGGUGUAGUGACAAUCCUGCGACAAACCCCCAAGUUUUCCUAGUAAAUUGAACCACCUGCUUGCAGGGCUGGAUACAGAUUAAAGUCAUCCCCAGGACCACUCUGUGUGAGAAGUGCUAUUAAUUUGACACCACCCAAAAACGCACCCCUAAAGAAUAAAGCGACGUCAUGUGCUGAUCGCUGAACAUUGAGGAGGUUGUAUAAAAAAAUAAGAACAACGGGUUUAAGAGGGUUAUGUUUCGAGAUUUUAUCGAUUGAUAUGACACGUCAAAGAAAAGAUAAGCAAUGAGAUGCGAAAUGCUUGCAAAUAUCAAUCAGGACAGGUGUGGCAACGUGAAGCGGAACUGCGACUCAUUUACCUGUUUGAAAUCUGAAGCGAACAUCUUUUGUCGGUCUCUGUGAAGGACAUCGAGGCUGAGGCUGUGAGGUGACACCUGAAAAGCAAUGAGCUGCCUCCGAGUCUACAGCCUGAAGAACGUUUUCCUGCUUUUCCUGGUCCUCUUCGUUCUUGGGAUUGUCUGCAUCUACUCUCAUAACAUACUCUACUUGGUUAAGCCUGUGGAUGGCGCUGAUAAAUGGGCAUCUCCAAGUUCUUCUGAAACAAAUGAAGUCAAAGGAAGAGAAGAUGACCUGAACUUUAUUCAACCAACAUUAAGAAAACGGGUUCCCUGCACGUGCCGACAAGUACCUAAAGUGUAUGAUCUGCCAGCUGUCUUGAAAGAGGAAGAGAGAAGCCGCAUACAAGCAAGGAGGACGGCCGAGUUUAAAAAGCAUCUGUCCAGGGAAGCUUCUCCGCUGGACUCGCUUUUAGUAGCCCUGCCAAACUCUCCUCUCAGGUAUCCCAUCCAAGGAGUGCAAGUGACGCCCCUCCAGACCAUCUCCAUCCCAGAACUCAGUGUGCAUCCACCUUUCAGAAAACACUACAAGGUGUCAUUGAAAGCUAAUCUGGGGAUUUUUCACAUCAGUUCCACAAAUGAAGAAAAUGAGGUGGCUGGAGAUAAAGAAAGUGAAAUUAACAUAAUGGCCUCAACGAAGGAAAAGCUGAACACCAUACUGAAGAGCAUCACCUACACCAGCACGGUCUACAGGGUGAACACGGCUGAUCUGGUUUGGUUUACUUUUGAAAACUACACUGCAGUUUUUCCCAUUUUAAUAAGACAGCACACCAUUCCAAAGUUGAAUGAUCCCGGAGAAGGUUCAAAUAUCAGCUCUCUGGUUACCAUCACCACCAAAACCUUUCUCAGAUAUGCUCAGCUGAAGAAGUUGAUUGCCAGUGUUCGCCAGUUCUACCCAGAAAUCAAAAUCAUCGUUGCUGACGACAGUUUCAAACCUCAGACGGUCGACGAGCCCAAUGUGGAGCAUUAUAUAAUGCCACCUGGUAAGGGAUGGUUUGCUGGCAGAAACCUUGCAGUCUCUCAAGUGACCACAAAGUACUUUUUAUGGGUGGAUGAUGACUUCUUAUUUACUGAAAAUACCAAAAUCGAACACAUGGUCCAGGUUAUGGAAGACAUGCCGGAAUUAGAUGUGGUUGGCGGUUCUGUUGAUGGAAACACUUUCCAGUUCCGUCUGUUCUAUGAACAGGGUGAUGAAGAGGGGGGCUGCUUACACCAACAAUAUGGACAUUUUCAGACAAUUCCAAAAUUCCCCCACUGCACACUCUCAAGUGGAGUUGUCAACUUUUUUCUGGCUCGCACGGAUCAAAUUCAGAAAGUGGGCUUUGACCCAAAAUUAAACCGUGUGGCACAUUCAGAGUUUUUCAUUGACGGGCUAGGAAGCUUGCUGGUAGCCUCUUGUCAAGGAGUGACGAUAGCUCAUCAGAGGCGAGAAGAAGUCGAACCAAACGUCCAAGCAGAAUACAGAAAAUUCAGAGAAAACACUCAAGCGCAGGUCAAUAUGAAGCUGUUGCUGCACUACUUCAAAAACCAGCUGAAAUGCUACUCCAGAGAAUGAAGCCGAAUACUGAAGCUGAAACCAAAGGACUUCUUGAAAUGAAUAAACAAGAACAUUGUUGCCAAAUGGACUGAUCAGUCCCGAAGGAAAUGACCCUGUGGUUCAUCUCUCUGUUGAGGGCCACCGUGAUGGAGUUUUGUCAGUUUUUUUUUUUCCCAGCAUCCCUCUUGGUGGUGGUGAUUUGUGUUUUCUUUCCCGGUAAGCUCCCUGCUUCUUAAUCUGUUAUGUCUGUACAUAAAGUCUUUUGCAUACCGUAUACUGUACAGAAAACUCUGUAAAUGAUUGUUAAAUUAUUUUUACAUUAUUUGAAAAAUAUUCUUAUGUUGCUUUUUAGUUUUAUCUUGGAAUCGUAUUAAUGAGUUUUAUAGGCAAGGUGUUACAGUGGUUGCAAAUGGAUCCAGCAGUGUGGCGUCUGCGUGGGCUCUCUUUGCCGGUGUGGAUUUUCCUACAUGGCUUUCACAAAAGGGAAAAAUGAAAAAAAAAAAUAAAUGAAAAUUCUGCAGUAAAAUAAAA